AUGUCUUCUCCCGGCGAGUACUAUAAAUCUCUUCCACCUAUAAGCAAGGCUUAUGUAACAGCUUGUUUCGUUGCUACCGCUGCUUUUCAUCUUGGAUUAUAUGAUCCAUUGCUCAUUGCAUUGUCAUUCGAUGAAGUGUUCUAUCGUUUUCAGGUUUGGAGGCUGUUCACAAACUUCUUUUUCCUCGGCCCAUUCUCCAUUAGUUUUGUUUUUCAUCUUAUAAUGAUACUAAGGUAUGGUGUGCAACUUGAGAAGGGGGCAUUUGACAGACGAACUGCUGAUUUCUUGUGGAUGAUGAUAUUUGGAGCAUUUGCACUAUUGGUUUUGUGUGCAAACCCUUUUUUUUGGUCCCCGUUUUUGGCAGCAUCCCUUGUUUUUAUGCUCCUUUAUGUAUGGAGUAGAGAAUUUCCAAGUGCCGUAGUCAGCUUUUAUGGACUUGUUGAAUUUAAGGCCUUCUAUCUUCCGUGGAUGAUGCUUGCUUUGGAUGUCAUUUUUGGUUCAUCUAUAGUGCCUGAUAUGUUAGGUAUCAUUGCGGGACAUCUGUUCUACUUCUUGACAGUCUUGCAUCCUCUAGCAAGUGGAAACAAUUAUUUGAAAACCCCAAUGUGGGUACACAAAUUGGUUGCAAGAUGGAGAAUUGGAGGCCCACAAAUUACUCGUGCUAACAACGUCCAACAAGAGAGCAGUUCUGGAGUUUUCAAGGGAAGAUCCUACCGACUUAAUGGGUAG